CUGACGCACCACAUUCCCAACAAGUCUUUAAGCAUCGAGAGAGACACGAAGUACAUUGGCUGAUACCUUUGCCUCGCUUGCGUCCCCAAUGUUGCCCACAUCCAGUGUACUUCUUAUCGUAAACUUUCACAUCGGAUAUAAAUUUCAUAUCGGACAUACUUGUAGUACAGGUCAUCAUUUCAGCCUUCCUGUGCGCCCAGAUACCCGAUCCAGCGAUCACGGGGUCGGACAUGCAUGACUGGGACACGUGCUGCGGGGUCAAGCAUUGAAUCUGCUGGCGUUUGAUUUCCAUCUCUGAAGCAGAACAACAGCGCAUCUUCGUUUUGACGUCCGCUGUCAUCUCAUCUUAUCUCUAAAGCAAAGACCAACCCCCUUACGAGUGUCUAAACUGAUGGUAAGACUCUGCGGGUGCGUCUUGGAGGUACUGCACUCAUCUUAAGCUGAUCAGCAAUGUUCAGUGAGUCGAAUCCUGGUACCGCCGUUGGAGUAGCCUCCUUGGGAAUCCAGGUCUGCCAAGGUCUGCUGAAAUACUACGGGGACUGGAAGGGCUACGACGACGACAUAAAUGAAGUGUAUACCGGACUCAAAGAUCUCAACCAGACAUUCCAGCUCCUCAAAGACAAAUUGCUGGAUCUGGCUGGGACGCCAUUUGUAGACCGUGCGAAGGAAUGUCUCAAAACAUGCCAGGAUAAUGUUGUGCAGCUGGAUGCACGAUCGAAGAAGCUCCACAUCAAGACCCCAGAUGGGUACAAGCAAAAGAUUCAAGCUGGAGGUCUCCGGUUGCUUUAUCCCUUUCGAAAUGGCACGCUGAGCAAGCUGAAAAACAUCGUACAGGGCCUCAUGCGCCAGUUGGGGCUUGCAGUACAGUUGAUUUUACUAGACAACAGCGAUUCGACUCGGAGCACAGCGAUCUUGGUCAAACAGUCAGCUGACAAAAUAUCGAGUCUGGCCACGCAAAUUGAGUCAAUCACGAUAAGUACCCAGACGCAGGCAUCCAUCACGGCGGCCAAUGUGCAGAUACUCGUGUCUGCGGAAGACGACAACGAACUCACAAAGAUACUCAGCUGGCUUGGGGCGCCAGAUCACAACAUCGAACACUACGCUGCUCGUAAGAAACACCAGAAGGGGACUGGAGAAUGGCUUUUGCAAAGCGAACACUAUCAAAAGUGGUUUUCCGGCUCUUCUCCACUCCUGUGGCUCCACGGCAAGGCAGGCUGUUGCAAAACCGUACUGUCUUCCACGGUCAUUGAAGACAUUCAGCAUCGAAUUGCGAUUCAGCACGGAACUGUUCUUGCGUUCUUUUACUUCACUUUUUCCGACUCCAGAAAGCAGACAUACAGGGGCUUGUUACUCUCGACUGUGACAGAGUUGAGUCGCGGACGCCCUAUCAUACCAAGACUUCGGGAGUUGUACAAAGCCAGUGUACCACAUGUGCCAUCAGUUGAGGGUCUCGAGGAAACUCUCGUCGCUUUACUCAAGGAAGCAAAUGUUUCGUACCUGGUCGCAGACGCCUUAGACGAAUGCUCGGAAGAGGAGAGAGAUGAAGUCAUGCAAGGAUUCAAACGCAUCACUCAAGCAUGCCCGAAUGCAAGAGUCCUCAUCACUAGCCGCAAGGAAUCAGACAUCGAAGAUCUUAUGCAAGACUGGUGUAACGUCCAACUCGCUCUCGAUGAAAGCUGUGUCAAUGCAGAUAUUGACAUAUUUGUGAAGGACGCAUUGACUUCAGACAAGACGCUAAUGCGCCUACCAGAUGCAACAAAAGAGGAGAUCGAGCGAGUCUUCCACGACAAGUCGGAUGGCAUGUUUCGUUGGGCAGCACUGCAACUCGAGUCGAUUCGCAGGCUGAAGAUUCUUCGGCCUUCCUACAUCUCAGACGCGCUGCAUAAAAUGCCCCGGACAUUAGAUGAGACUUACGAACGUGUGUUUUCUGCAAUCGAUGAUCAAUACUUUGAUGAAAGUAAGAGGGCGCUGUACUGGCUCGCAUUUAGUGCCAGGCCCAUAUCAGUCGCCGAGCUAGCCGAAGCGUGUAGCAUACAAAUUAGACACAACACCAAACCAAGCCUUGAUGAUGGUGGAUACGAGGCAAUCACAGGUCUUCUGGGCGUUAUAUCAUCCUUUGUGCUCAUUGGGGAGCCAAUACCCCCAGCAUGUCUUAACGAAAACCAAGAGCCCUGGCCACACAAGUUCAUCGAUGCUUCGACUCGACAACUCAGACUUGCGCAUUUCUCGGUAAAAGAGUAUCUUAUCUCAAGUCGCUUGCGAGAUCAGACGACUGGAAUCUCCAGGUACAGACUGGAGGAAUCGAAUGCACAAUACCUCAUAAGUCAGAUGUGCUGUGCAUACUUCUUGUACUUCACCAAUGAGCAUCGAGUCAAAAUCUGGAUUGAUGAAGAGAAAGCACCGAGAGGAAGGGCCCUUGGCUGGCCUCUCACUCAGUCUCAUCUGAAAGACCUAACUCCAGCCUUUCCUCUGUUGGAAUAUGUCUGUGAUCAUUGGUACGAGCAUCAAAAACUUGCCGAGUCAAGAUCGGGCCCGCUUCGUGAACAUGAGCGCUUUCAUCUACAAAUUCUGGAUAACGAGCGAGUACGUGGUGCGUGGUUACGCCUUCGCGAUCCUAAUGGAUUUAUGUGCAUGCGCGAUGCAAGUACGGACAUCCCUGAGCCCGUGUGGCACGACGGUAGUCAGGCACUGUAUUGGGCUGCACUUCUUGGGCUGCACAAAACAGUAUUGAUGCUAUGUGAGUGCGAAUCUGAACUGGAUGUCAACCACAAGGCAGGCAGAUACGGAUUUGCACUUCAGGCCGCCGCGUACAUGGGAGACUAUGACAUGGUCAGUCUCCUGAUGUUAAGGGGUGCUUUGCCCGAUCUUGAAUGGGGCUAUUUUGGAACUGCACUCCACGUGGCUGUCUGGCGUGGACAUGAACGCAUCGGUGCUAAGCUUCUUCGAGCAGCUCCUGAGAGCGUACACAAUGCUAGUGGCGAGUACGGAACCGCUCUCCAGGCCGCCAUUGAACUUGGUCGUGAGCAUUACGUACACAUGCUUUUGCAGUCUGGAGCUGAUCCAAACAGCCAGGUGAAGAUAACCCGACCAGGUGAGGGAGACCUCGAGGCAACAGAUACGCUGGUUCUGGUAGCAGCAAAGAGAGGGACCAGUAACAUGGUAGACAUGAUGAUACGUUCCGGUGCCAACAUAGACCACUCUUCCCACGAAUUACUUUUAGAAUGUGCACGCUGGAACAGCGAGGAGGACAAUGGAGAGUCUAUGCGAACACUGCUUCAACACGCCGUCUUCGAGAUUUCGGUACUGAAUGAAGCACUCCUAGAGGCAAUUGGUUCCAAUCACGAAAGGAAUAUACGAACCUUGAUCAGUGCUGGUGCCAAUCCGAACCACUUGGAGGAAGUACAUGAGUCAGCAGCUGGACUUGUGUUCCGUGAUGUAGAGCAAGGGAAAGCUCUUGUCGAACUUCUACUUGAACUGGGUCUUGCGGUCUCAGGCGAUCAUCACUUGCUCAUUGCAGCAACUUUCGCAAAUCUUGGGUCGAUGGUCGAAUCGCUUCUCCUGGCUGGCGCUAACAUUCAUGGACACAAUGAGCACACGGGAAAUGCUCUCAUGACGGCCGCUGGAUGUGGUAGCACAGCCCUUGUCAAAGUUUUGAUCGAUGCUGGUGCAAAUCCCAAUGCUCAACAUGCAGCCAUACCCAUCGUUUCGAGGCCCGCCAAAACAUGUUACUCGAGUCCAUACAGAAUGACUGCUAUGAUCAGAGCAAUGAUUUGCGUAAUCAGAAGCCCAGACAGUAGCGUGCAUGUUGGCUUAGCGAUAGUGCAGCAAUUGAUCAACGCGGGUGUCGAUGUCAACGAUGGGGGAGACGCUCUGUGUAAGGCAAUCAUAUGUCACGAGUCGGAACACGAUUCACUCCUUGAAGAUCAUCAUGUCAAACUCAUAGUACAGCUUCUGCUUGCCAACGGAGCGGAUUUCAGUGGUCCACUUGACGCCAUACCAACCCUCUUCUCCACCGCAUCUCAAGAAAAAAUGUCGGAGCUUGUCGAUUCCAUUUUGGAAGAUCGUUACAUUCAUUCUGUCCAAUUCCGACUGUUGUUUAAGAGUUGUGUCACUAGCUGCUUCAUGGUACAUAAUGAAUCCUGGGUGACUAAGAGAUUUCUCGACGAGGAACUUAAGAUCAACCCCUUAGAUUUGUCACGAGCAUGCGAACUCCUGUCCGCAGCAUGCUGGUCCUUUGACCCACUGGAUGCAGGUGAGCAUAGCUAUGAAAAGGACUGUUCUUCCCUGGUUCGGACGAUACUAGAUACUAUGUUGGACACCAUGAGGCCGGACAACAUUGUUUUCGAUGGAAUAUUGGCCGGGGACGCCUUGGAGAGCUCGAUGGAUCGGUACUUGGAUCUUUCGAGCCGCGAUCAAUGGUCGAUGAUAGUUCGAAUUAUACUCAUCAAAAAAUUGCGCAAGAGAUACCCGGUAUGAACGAACGAGAUUUCAAAUACCGAGUGAGCUACAAGCGAUCCGAGGCAACAUUUGUAGCUAUAUUCGAUCACAUAGCGGAAGCUGCUGUCAUAGGUCAGAACAGGAGGAGC